AUGGAACCAAGAAUUACAGGAGGUAAAAUAGUAAUUGCAGAAAACUCCAGAUUAACAAUAAAAGUUUAUGAAUUAGAACAAAGAAUACGCGCUUUAAAUUUCGAUAAAAAUGAAUUGAUUCAUAGAGUUAAAGAACUUGUGAAUGAAAAGGAUCGACUUGAAACUGCUAAUAAUCAGAUUCAUGAAAGAGACCAUUAUUGUGCAGCAAAUAUCAAGGAAUUUGAGGAUUUUAUUUCGAAUUAUAUUUUUG